CCAUUCGUACUCACACUCACAACUAGGGACAGUUUAGAAUGCGCAAAGUACUGUAAAGUAUUCAUGUAUGACAAAGCAUUACAGACAUUCUACGUGGUUGUCCUUUAGCUCAGAAAUAUUGUCGGUCUUAUUUCAAAUGAUUUGUGAAGAGCGGCUGAUUGUUCAGUAAGGGAAUUUUUUGACGAUUGUGCAGGGCAAUUUUAAUUUGAAGUAAAACAAAUCUACCGGAAGUACGGUCGGAAGCGGAACAAGGAAUCGGUGUGUUGCUCGAGAACGUGUGGAGAAUCUUAACAUUUUGUCAUUUUUUGCACCACAGUCGAAUUUCGACAAAUCUUUCCACGACGUCGACUACACUUUUCAAGAUGUUUAACAGACAGACAAGCCUUUGGAUGGGUGAUCUGGACCCAUACAUGGACGAGAACUUUAUCAAGCAGGCCUUCAGUGCUAUGGGAGAGUCACCGUUUGGAGUGAAGAUCAUUACUCACAGGAUAACAGGUGGUUCAGCAGGAUACUGUUUUGUGGAGCUGGCAGAUGAAGCAAGUGUAGACCGCUGCGUUCAAAAGCUCAACGGAAAACUGGUUCCAGGAUCAAAUCCGCCCCGGAAGUUUAAGCUAAACUAUGCCACCUACGGGAAACGGCCAGAGGCAGGGCCGGAGUUCUCAGUGUUCGUGGGCGACUUGGCCUCUGAGGUGGACGACUUUCAGCUGCAUCAAGUUUUUAAGAAAUACCCUUCCUGCAAAGGAGCCAAAGUAGUCACUGACCAGUAUGGAUACUCGAGAGGCUACGGCUUUGUCAAGUUUGGGGAGGAGACCGAGCAGAAGAAGGCGAUCGAGGAGUGCCAGGGUACGAUGCUGGGCGGAAAGCCACUCAGACUCAGUAUCGCUGUAGCAAAGAGCCAGAAGAUGACCAGCUACCAUGGGAGCCAGGGCCAAAAUUACAAUAGCAGCUACAACCAGACUCAGUCCAGUUACUAUGGCAGCCAAACCGGGCAAGGGGGCUAUUACCCUCAGUGGGGGGGCUAUGACCAGUACGGUGGAUACAACAGCAGCGGAUAUAACAGUGGCUACAACAGUUCCUACAACAGUGGCUACAACUACAACUACGCUCCCUAUGGAUACCCUCCACCAGGCCACAUGAUGCCGCCUCCUCCUGUGGGGAUGCCACCCAUGUCCACUGACAUGUCAGGAGCUGUAGAGAGCCACGAGGAAGCUGAAGACGUAGAGGACGAUAAUGUAGAAGAGCCCAUCCCUGAAUGUGACGUGGAGGUGUGGAACAAGGAUUUUAUGCAGCGCAGCGAGGAGCUUUAUGAUGCCAUGAUGAACUGUCACUGGGAGCCUCUGGACUCUGUUGACUCCCCUAUCUCCUCUCUCUCUUGAUAACUUCUCAUUUAGUUUCCUCUCCCUCUCCUCAGAUGAGUCAUUUUUUAAAUGAUUUUCUACUCCCAGAAUCUAACACCACGUUGACACUUCAUAAAGGCCAGCCUGAGUGUCUGUCUGACUUACCCAAGGCUGUCAGUACAGAUGUACUUGUUUCUCUUUUAACAUUAAAUUCACAGACACCGACUUAACUGUAAUGUUUACCAUGUUGGUAAUAAUCAGUGAAGUCACUGUGUAGUCCACUCUAUCUGUAUACACCAGGUCCAGAAGAAUAAAGUGCUGAAGUUGACCGGCACAGAAAAGCUGUUGGAUGUUGUGCCAGUACUUCACCAUGAGAUGAUGUCAGUCAUUUUUGUUGAUCUCUGUUGUAAUGGCCAGCAAAAGCUAGUGUUGCUCAAUUAAUAUGGCCUUUGACUGGUUAAGAAGAGAUUGUCUUCUGAAGACAAAAAUUAAAACUAUGCCUUGAUUGUUUUUUGUCAUGUACUUCCUGUCAGUCCAGGAUGGCCAUUAGAAUUCAUGUGUACAUGCAGGAUAUCAGUCUUUCUUGUUUUAAUGAAGGAUUUUCCUCCGUUUUUUGUUUUGUUUUUAAAUUUGUAUCACUUGUAUCUUGGUGUGAGCAGCAUGGGAAGAUGAUGAAGUUUACCCAAAAGGAAUCAUCCAGAAAUGUAAUGUAUCUGUUUUCCAGACAAGAAGCUGUAUCUUUUUAUGAAACUGUUGACAAAUUGUAUGAAAGGAUUUUGUGAGGUCGACAGCUGGUGUCCUGUGUCAGGUUUCAAGGUAGAAUUUAUUUUCUGCUGUUUGAUGGCUGAAAUAUAAUUAUAUAUUUUCUUUCUGGAGAAGUUUUAUCAAUAAAACAGAUUUGGAAGGAA